AGAGAAGAGAAAAAAAAAGAAGAGGGAAGGAAAAGAGAAAGGGAAAGAAGGAGGGAGGAGAAAAAAAAAGAAAAGAGAGGGGAAGAAAGGAGGGGAAGAGAAAGAGAGAGGAAGAGGGAGGGGGAAAAGAGAGAGGAGGAGAAAAGGGGGGGGAGAGAGAAGGAAAAGAAAAGGAGAAAAGAAAAAGAAAGAAGGGGGGAAGGGGGGAAAGAGAGAGAAAAA